CGUGUUUCUCCGUGCGGCGCUCAGCUGGGCGACUGUCCUUGUGCGCGAGCUCACAUGUGGAUGCUGUUAUGUAACAACACUGCUGCUCUGCACCAACGCUACUGUCCUGCCUCUCGAAUGAUGCCUGACUAUGCUGCGUGACUCUCAAACACGCCUUUUAAACGUAUUUCUAGCGGUUCAUUUUUUGAAAUCUUCACAGAGGUUGACCCGCACAUGUUGGAAUUCUGACCCUAUGAAGACGCCUUUGUUGUAGCUGCCUCUUCUCCAUCAAGUUCAGAUCAUGAUGAUGGACGAGCUGGUGCAGGACCUGGUGUCUGCGCUGGAGCAGACCUCAGAGCAGAGUAAGCUUGGAGGACUUUGGGAGGAGAUGGUUCUGAAUCCUUUGCACCAGCGAAGGCAGAUCCGCCGCCGAAGAAGCCGCAAGCGCCACCGCGCCUCCUCCUUCUACCCGCUUGAGCACCGACGCUGCUGGAUUGAAGCCUCGGAGUCCAGUUUGGAUGAAGCCUCCAAGAACAGAAGGGCUAACGCAACGGCAGCCUUCGCUGCCAACUGUAGCGACUCGGAUGAUAUGCCUGCCACAAGCCAGUGGCACACCUUCAUGAGAGGCCCGACCAGGACCAGGCAGCCUUCUUGGCCCGAGUCAGACUCCUUCUCUGAGAACAAUCCAGCUCGGCCGCUGAGGAGGAGAAGGAAGGUCAAGCGAGUGACGGCAGAUGUUGGGACGUUCAGGCUGCAGCAGAACCUAAAAGGCAUGGAGGGGAAGCUAAGACAGCGGCCUUCCAGGAUGCAACAUCUGGCCAGGUCGAAGAGCCGGUCUGGAGGAUGGGCUGACAGGAAGAGUGAAGGAGCCAGGCUGAUGGGCAAGGAACACUGGAAGAGGAAGAUGACUCUGGAGGCCAAGGAACACAGAGACGGCGCUGACGAAAACAUGUCCGAGGGGGAAUCCAGCAGCACCUGCAGCAGCGAUCCUGGACUCUUCACCAACGACGAGGGGAGACAAGGUGACGAUGAGCAGAGCGACUGGUUCUUCGAGAGCGACUGCGGGUCUGGAGUCGCCAGCCUGCUGCCCGGCUGGGACUCGGACACCCAGCUUUCUCUGGACGACACCAGGCCGUCGCCAACAUUCCUGCAGCCGGCUCGACUGACGCAGAGAGGGUAUCGUUCCCGUUUAAAGCGUCUUCCGGGAUCGGCGGCCUGCUGCCUCCGGAAGGACCGGAGGAGACUUCCCAGCAAGCGCAAUACUCGACCAGUGUAUGUGGAGAGACUGAGACAGUUUUCUCAAGACCGUUACCAGAGAGACUUCUGGCUGCCGUCCGUGGUUGAGCGGGACAGGAACCAGCUGAACCCACUCUGCCCUUUCCCGGUGUGUCCUAUCGUCAAGUCCGAGGCUGCGCACCUCCGAUGCUCCUCCUCGCUCAGCAGAAGCAGCAGGCAGAGCAGCGUCACUUUGGGACUCUUCUGCACCGGAGACAUCAGGAGAUGGAGAAAAACCGAUGCGGCAUCCUUCUCAUCAUCAGCUACCAGCCCACAUCACCAGAGAGAAGAGGCGAGGGGGGCCGGGAACACCUUCAACCUGGAGUCUUUGGGGGCGUCUGGGGGACCCAGCCCAUCAACCCCACAUUGUUCAUCCACCACAAAGACUGAAAGUCCAUCUUACUUCCAGUGAGGAUGGUGACAUUUGCUCCAUGAACUGAACAAAGACCAGCUUACAAAGCACAUCUUCUACAUCAGCAUGUACCGUCCACAGUCUACGCGGGAGGUUCUCACAGCAUGACCAAUGUAAAUGCUAUCAAGACUUGAUAAGAAUUCGGACAUUUCCAGACAAUACAGUCUUCAGACUUCCUGCUUCAACCCCCCAACUCUAACUAUUUAUCAGGAGGUCAGCAGGAACAGCAGAGAGAGUGAUCAGGUGAGGCUGGGCGUUAGGGAGAAGGUAGGUAGGGUGCGUAAAUACCUCACUUGUUCCUUUUUCUCGGACCCGAAACUGUUCUUUCUAGCGCUAUCUCCUUGCAUCCAACAAUGGAGCUGUGUACCAACAAGGGUACAAGCAGUAGUAGAGGUACCUGGGCAACUGAAAACAUAAGAGCACCAGCGAUGCAAAGGCGGGAAGGUAGUUUGAUACCAUACACUGCGCACAGCUUACAUGAUAAGUCGUAUAGCAAACCCAUAUUAACCGCCGACGAUAAUAAGACCGUCUUUCAAAGUGCAAAGGUCCAGACUAUGGAGUCAUGAAGACCAGCCAGCAUCAGAAUGUCGAUCGGCCACAUGCUGCGAGCGCAUCACGAGUAGAGCCCGCCAGCAAAGCGCCACAUAAGACCACCUAUUAGCAUGGAUUUGAACAGCUGCAGUUUUUACAAAGGUGCCCAUUAGCACAACACACAGAGAGAGCAGUCGCAGUCCUCGGAGGGCUUUUCUUUGUUCCCUCUCGCUCGACAUCCAUAUUCAGAUUCAACCCAAAUGUAAGUUCACGGCCAAAAGCAUUUUGGUCGCUCCAUGUGGUUCUUCUCGAAGCACCAACGACAGACACUAGGUGGUCCAACCUGCUGGACUGGACCUGUUCUCAAUAUAUAUCAAUAUAUAUAUGUGAGUCAACACAAACCCUUCAGACUGGUCUUCCCUUAUGACUGUCACUGAUUUUAAAGGCACAGUUCCACAGAGUAAGAACUCAAGAAUGAUGCUUUCUUUCCUUCCAAAACUACUCUCCAGUAGCUCCAGUACCUUCAGGAGACUUCAAAACCCUGAACUCUUAUUUCAGGUUAUGUGAAUGAAGCCUUGCAGUCUUAAAACAUGUUUGACAACAGAAAAUCCUCCAGAAUGUCUAGGAUCCUCUGCAGCUACAGCGAGGAAAAGCACUUUGGGUAUUGAUCACAAAGCAGUUUAGUCACACAGCUACUCUCUUUUCUGACACUUUAGAGCCUCGUUUCAACCAGGACUCGCAUUUAGUUGAAUGAGAUUUGCCAAUUAACCUGAGUUAUAUGUCGGCAAUAAUCGGACCGAGGAGCUUUACAUGAUCACGGUGGCCGGGGAUGACAUUUAUAAAUGCUGUGUGUGCACACUCCUCUAAAUGGACGCCUCAUACCUAGACAUACCGCCACAGAAAUCAGUCAACGGAGGCUGAGCCACACCAGCCCCCCCACAAAUGGCUUCUGCUGCAGGAGAAACACGGGUGUUUGAGGUGAUUGAUAUCAAUCGCUGCGAGUUAUCAGUGGGGCUUGAAGCUGCUCAUGAUGUUAAUACACUAAACAGGCCUGAGAACAUCAAUGUCCGAUGACCACGGGUGAAGCUAGGUGAGCUAAAACUGGUGCUAAAGCUGGUCCCAGAAAGUUGCGUUUGGUGUUUCACCACUUUCUUCUAGCUGAGUAAUGAUACCUUCACUGCGAGUCACAGCUCAACGGAGUGCGAGGCGGCCUCGCACCCGGAGUAAUGAAGUCAUGUUGGUAACAUCUCUUGAUAUUCAGGCAAAGGAAUGCCAUCUGUUGCCUGGUCAUGAAAACAUUACAAUCGGAAGAAGAAGGUUCAUUGUGCAGCCAAGGUUACCGUUGACCAUGUCGGCCGUGUCUGUGCCUUCAAAAGACGCUGCUUGCUAGCCAGCCUAAUCUAAAGCCACAAUUCCGCCAACCAGAUGUUUGUCCCCAAAAUAAAUUUCCCGGGAAGCGACAAGAACGGCUUCCCUCAACCGCCCCGUUACAGUGAAGGAAUCCAGCGGGGCGGUGCCACUCAUAUUUCAUCCCAGGUAAAGAUUACCUGUCAGGCCCGCCGGAGAUGUAUUGAUCUGUUUUGCUUUUUCCGCCAGCAAUCACCCGACAAAGGCAGCGAUGAGGCGAGUGAAUGAGUGAUGCCCGGUCCGCCCGCUACACACUGCUGGUGUCCACCGGCGUGAUGAGGAAGAGAUCACAGCGUCAUAAACUCUGCUUGAACCCCUCCUGCCUCCUUCUCCUGAGGGGUCAGUUGCGCGUAGCCGUCGUGUUAGCUGCGUUUGUUUAGCUGAUAAAACAGUCUCUCUGGUUCCUGCUGACUAGUGUUUGACUCAAGUCUUCUCCAGAGUCACAAUAUGAGGGCUGCAUGACGUACAAAACCUAGCUACCGUCCACACUUUGCUUGGUGGUCAAGACGGAAAACUAGAUUUCAUAAAAACAAUUGCGAAAGAACGUUGACAAAAACAUUAUAUUCAUUACAAUUUGAGCAAAUUUGACUGCAAUAAUGAACUGUCCUACAGCUUGGGGACGGUGUGAAGGUGUCUAAAGGUACGUGAAGUUGUCACCUGUUUCUGUCUUGAAUGGAAGUGCAACAUCUUUUUUUGUUCGGAAAAAUUGUCGCAACACAAACCUGUAUAGUUCGGGUCUCAGUAGAAAAAAGUCCUGUAUUGUUUCAGCUGAAGUCAGGGGAGGAGCCGGGUUGUCAGCUCCAGUUCUUUUAUAUAGAUGGGACGUGAAAAAAAUGCGAACUUCUGAUAUGUAUUACGUUAUGUGAGGUGGGUUGUCAGCUAGCACAACAUAGUUUGCUGAGGGACAAUUCAUUUCUACUGUCUGUCAUGAGCUGUGCAGGUUUGUUCCAGGAUAUAAAUAUUAGUCUCUAGUCAGAAACUUUUGAGUCACACACUUUGCUGUUUGAAAUCUGAAAUGUUUGUUCUCUCUUCUUUGGGGUCACAUGAUCUCUGGCCCGGACGUCAGGGCUGAAUAGUGUGUACAUAGUUCCCUCAUCGAUUCACGUUAGCGGCCUCACACUUCCAACAUAUCGUUUACGUAGCCACGCUGACUCCGCCACUCUUUAUCUUUAAUUUUAGGAAAUCUCUUAUCGGAGCUCGUCCGUCUUAUCUGGCCGCUCGCUAUCUCCGCGUUUCAUAGUAGUGACGCCGUAAUUGCUUUGCUAAUGAUCUGCAGAGGAUUAACCCUCUCCAGUUUGAGACCAUCACCUGACCUCCUCUGUUUGCAUGACUGUCGCGCACCAAGACGUUUCAGCGGGAACCGUUUGUCUGUCGCGCCGACUUGUAUUUAUUCCAAGUAUUUGUGUGCAAUAAAUGAGAUCUGAGUCAUU